AAACCGUCAACGAACUAAAAGUACUCUCACUUCGAAUUUAAAAGGAACAUUUUGUAGGUUAGCCUCGACUGCGUGCUACGACUUAAUCCGUUCGGCAUCGAUUCCGCAGGGUUUCCGGUAAAAUCGGAUCGCGCGGGUGUCGAGUAACUCGCGGUUGUCGCGAUCGGGGAAAAAGAUUGCCGUGGAAAAAUUGAAAGUUUCGCGACGAUCGAUUCGCGGAUACGCAGGAGAGGAAGAGCCGGGCCGUACGCAUGCGCCGCGUGCCACACGUAGCAUACUCUUUUAUUUCAAGUGCUCGUACAAAACGUGCAGCAGCGAAAACGAAGUAUGCGGCCAGCCUUGUGACACAUCUCCUUUUCCCCCGUGAUAUUCCCGACACGGCUGUGCGACAAGGUAUUUCCACGAGGACCGAACCGGUCAAAAUGCGCGACAAUGAGGGAUUAGCGUUACACCUGUUACUGAUACUGGUACUCUGCGCUGACGUGUACACGACAACUGCGAAGCACCUAAUUAAAAAGCGAAAUUACAGCGAUCAAAGUGUGAGAGGCUACUUGGCGGAGCGGACUUGCUGGUGGAACGAGGUCUGCAAGGAGGAGUUCCACAGUAAAUUUCGGUGCCGUUGCCCGCGAUGGUCCUACUGCCGUGCACCCGGUAGAUACUACGACGCGCAUUGCAGCAUCACGCGGACCGGCUACAUCUGGACCCAGCCGGAGACCUCGUUGACGCUCGAGGUCAACAAAUGAUCGUAAUACGUGAAUUCCGUUCGAGCGUUUUACAGAAAUUUACAGCAACGCGUUCGUGUUCUACGAGUUAGUCGUGUUUUAUAGAGACUAUUUACAUUUGUUAAUGUUAUACUUAGAUUAGAGGACGAAAUGGAACUGUCGAGGAACAUCGAGAGACCCCUAGCUAUCAUUCCCGCGUGUCCCGGAACGUUUCUGGCAAACUCCAGGCUAAACUGGCCGCUCGCUAUACGCUCGUUCGUCUUCCUGCGUCUAUUUCUUACUCGUUCCGAGUAGAUCAGUGUUUCCCAAGCUUUUCUGUGCCAUGAAACUCUUGUGCCCCCCUAUUUAACGUACAUAUCAUUUUUAAUAUUACCAUGGUUUUGCUGUUUUGUUUACGUUAAAUAUUGUGGAACAUAUGAAAUGGUAUUUCAAGUUUCAAAUUGCCUCCCUUAAAAAUCAAAUUGCCCCCUGUGUAACAUAUAUAUCAUUUUCAAUAUUACCAUGGUUUUGCUAUUUUGUUUACGUUAAAUAUUGUGGAACAUAUGAAAUGAUAUUCCAAGUUUCAAAUUGCCUUCUUUAAAAAUCAAAUUGCCCCCUGCUGGGAAACACUGAUCACUUUUAAUAUCAAAUUAUUUGAUAUUAAAUUUUAUUCGUUUCGUGAAUGUUUCCACGUGAAAUCGUGCGGCGUUCGACGCAUCGAUGAAACGAUAACGCGCAACGAUGUAGCGAUACGAUCAUUUGAAUUUGAACGAGAGCUUCUAGAUCGUUGAGAAUGGUUUCUCGAUUCCACGAAUGACAAUAGGUAUGUUAUAGAUGAUUUGGUAGCGAAGCGAAACGACGAGGACGUAAUUUCGUAAGUCGUGAGUUUCUCACUUGUUUCCGUUGAAUGUAUAUAAGCCUCGUUUCUUACGAUUGAUUAGCCUGCGUUGUGUAUAUACAUGUACGUGUAACGACUUUAUAACGAACUUUCGCUUAACUAAGUAUCUACUUCAUGAUGUGAUAACAGUAUUAAUCGUCGUAAAGCGUGGAUGCUUGAUCCGAGGUUAACGUUUAAGGGAACGUAUAAGUGUAUUCCGAAAGACUUUCUUACCGUAAGGAAAUUACCGUAAAAUACCGCGUAAGCAUUUCUUGUGCAACGACCUUUCACAGCAUUUUUCUAUCGAACUCCAUCAAUGGGAAGCAACAGCGGCUCGCACAUAUUUUUUCUCGAUCUACAAACACGUUAUUAAUCCGACAAUUAACGAUAUUUCUCGUGUUUCACAGCAUUUUUCUAUCGAAUUCCAUCAAUGGGAAGCAACAGCGGCUCGCGCAUAUUUUUUCUCGAUCUACAAACACGUUAUCAAUCCGACAAUUACCGAUAUUUCUCGUGUCUCGCAUUCGUCUGAAUUCUCGAAGCAUCUUUGAUACUUUAUCGAAGCUACAUUGCGCGUAUUUAGAAUUUCAAAGGACGAGCCGCUGAUCGAACGUAAUUGGCAAGAUUUUCAAAGGACAAAUGUACGGAUUAACGCGUUGACUGCCAAAUAAACGCUCAUUGGAAUACCUAUGCGGUGAAAAUAAUUUUCUUAAUAAAGUAGAAACUAAAAAGUCAAGGUUCUUUAUAACGACUGCUCUGUUGUCCCUCUUAUAUCUCAUGCAACAAAAUUCGGUUCGUUCGAAACGUCACCGAGAAAAUUAAUGUUUGAGUUUACGUAAAAAAUGGUGUCAUCCGAAUUCGGACGAGGUGGCAGUCAAAGUGUUAAAUCGUUGACUUGUUGUCUCGCGAUUCCUUUUCGUUGAGCAUCAGACUCGAAUGGCGCGAAGAGUUGGCGCGACAAGAUGGCUGUAGCGUCGAGUUGUACCGAAUAAUAAAUUGGUAUUGCACGUAUUAUCGUACCUAUAGUGUGAUACUUUAUUUUAAGAUGUCAACGGUAUAAAUAUUCACGUUGUAUUAUAAAUAUGUUUGAACAGUAACGAUGCCUAGUUUCGUGGAUUCACGCAGGUGUUUCUAAAACGUGUUGACGUAAUGUUAAUGUUGAGAUAAUGUUGAAACAAUGAAAAGUGUUCAUAUACGCGUAUUUAGAGGGGUUCGUUAACACUUAAGCUUUCGGUUCACCUCUGAUAUUCCCGAGAAUCCCGGCGAUCGACCGGCCUAUUGUACUUUCUACGCGACACGCGUGCUAUCGAAUAUUUAUCGAAUGGACGAACGUAUAUUCUCCGAACACAAUGAAAUAAAACACUAUUGGCGUUCAAGAAAGCUUCUUCUUUCCCGUAAAGAAAACGAUCGUGUUUCAGGAUCGUUACGUAAACGUGAUAAUUCGGUAGUGUAAGUACAAGGAGAUGCGAAUUAAUUGCAACGAGAGCUUCAACGUUUCGCUUUAUCUUCGAAUUGCGACAAAGUGUUCACUUUUAAUCAGUACGUCGAUGUAUCAACUGAUUAAUCGACUCGUAUGUUAGCCAGUGUACCGUCAGUGUGUGAAACCGUGAUUAAACAAAUGAUCAGAGUACGAAUAAAUUUUUCCAUUAUCGCAGCUCGUAAUUUAUUUGACUUCCUAAUAAUGACAUUUAUUAUAAAAAGUAUCCUCUUGAUUGCACGCGAUCGCUUAAGUGGUAAAAGUACUUGCGACGUUAUCGUUAAAAGUGUUAGAAAAUACACCGGAUAUGACACGAACUUCCGUUUUUUUCCGAACUGCGCUCCGAGAGACGUUUUCCAGCAAUGGUUCCCAAUUGUGAGGCGAGUUAUGUACAACUACAUACAUACACGAGUCGCUCGGAAGCCAGUGCGGUCAAAUUCGGAAAGCAAUUUAGAAAAUUCCUGUUCUGUCUUCUGAAAUGAUUGUAAAACAUACUCAGAAGCUGUAACCAAAAGUGCUUUCUGACUUAGGAAAAACGGGGCGUAUAUGUCCCACACUUUUAUAAUUAACCCUUUGCACUCCAGAAGUUUUUCAUUAGAAAUACUCAACAUUUUUUAAUCAAAUACCAACGACAUUCUUUCGAACUGACUUAACGAGAAAUCGCACAUAAAUUAAAGA